AUGACUAAGGGACAACGCAAUGCAUCAACUUCUUCUUCUUCUUCUUCUUUUUCACUAGCCAAGGACUGCACUCAAGCAAUGGAGUCUAUGAGGGCAAAAUUGGAGGUUCUGCAACACGAGGUCCAGUCUCUUCAGGCCCAACUACUCCACGAAAGACUGGAGCGUGAAUCGUUUCAAAAUCAGGUCCGAAAACGAUUACGGAACGUUCUGGCUGACUUUGUCACUACCGGGAAUUCAGAUCAGCCGAUUUUACAGCAAGGGCAGGCUCGUAGCUUCGAUGACGUGACGUCGUUGCUGGAUGCUGCUGAAUCGACUUCCAACUCGGUUUCGAGUACCUCUCAACACACUCCCACAGCAACUACUCCCAAAGACGGACAUCCUUAUAUCUCAGAUGCUAUUUGCGAUAAUGCAGAAAAAGUCACUUUUCCUGGCUUUGCUGACCUGUCGUCUGCUAGUAAUCAAUUGACCAGCUCUAAUGCAGACUUGAAUACUCGGCUGACAACACCGUAUCCGCAGGGUGUCCUUCCAUCAGUAAUUUCUAAAGACUUUGAACAAAACUCACUGGGAGAAGAUAUUACUUCUUUAAUCAAUGAUGCAAUGGCGCAAAAUCUCAGGAAACGGACUUUAUCGAAUGACUUCAUCUUAGCACACCCUCAAAAGGCCAGAAGGGGAAGUGGACAACAACAAAGCAAUUCCUUUGACCUGACUCCUAAUAUUUCCCGGCAAUUUCCACUACUGCCGUUGAGGCACAACACGCCAGCUACUCCCAUGAUCAUCUCAUCCAACGGUCUGCCCACACCGUCAUCACAGCUAGAUGAAAGAGAUAUUCUCGAGAAAUGGGGAAUACAAUUCUCGGAAAAGUACGCCACCAUCAGUGAAGUAUGGAACGAGUACCACAAAGUGGGUUCCAAAGGAGUAUCUAUCAGAUCCUUAGAAUCAUCGUUCUCAACGCGAUGGAGAGCUAACCUUCGGAAGAAUGUUAAAAAAAAGUAUAGCAGGCGACUGAUAAUCAUACGAGCUAUUGAAACAGGAAUGAAAAGAGGAAAGACUUUAAACGAAUGUAUCGCGGUGCUGGAUGCCUAUUUAACUGAUGCUAAAAAGCCAGUUUCCUACUUGUAUCGAAAAGCAAAUCUACCAGCAGACUUUACAUAA